UAACUGAAAAUACAUUUAAUGAUGCUUAUGCUAUCACAGUAACUAUACUUUACCUUUGCGUUUGCCACUGAUUUAAUCAAGACGUCGAGUUCAGCGCUGUGGCUUUUUCCGACAGUACCUGAAGGCAGCAUAGCCGCGGCUAAUACAGAAACGUUAGGUAGCGAAAGACCUUCGUUCCAAGGAGAGGACCGUAUUUUGAAGGCGUAGCUCGUGUGUUUCUGUCCGUGUUCUGUACAACAUGCUCAACCCGCAGAGGUCUUUGUCCGAGCUGCCCAAGAUGUCAGCUGCCAGCCAAGUGGAGAGAGCCGUGUUGGAGGAGGAGUUCAACUGGCUGCUGAAAGAAGAAGUGCAUUCUGUUUUAAAGCAGCUGCAGGACGUCCUCAAGGAGGCUUCUAGACGUUUCUCCAUGCCAACGCCAGGCUAUGAGAGUCAGCAAAAGCAGGAAAACUUCAUCCUCGGCAGCUCAACCAUGGAUCAAGUGAAGGGAGUGCUGACUCUGCAGGGAGAGGCGCUGACUCAGGCUGACAUAAACUUGAAGAUUGCAAAGAGUAGCCAAGUGUUGCAUUUUCAGUUCAGAGAGGACAAGCUGUGGAAACUGCAGCAGAUUCAGGAUGCCAGGAACCACGUGAACCAGGCCCUCCAGCUGCUUGGGAGCCACGAUGAGAACUACCACUUCAAGACAGGGGCGGAGGUUAAUAAGCUCAUGGACGCAGUGAUGCUCCAGCUGACGAGAGCACGGAACCGCCUCACCACCCCGGCCUCCAUGACGCUGCCUGAGCUGGCCACCAGCGGUCUGAUGAAAAUGUUCACUCCUCCCAUGCCCGGGGAUGUGAUGGUGAACUUCUACAUCAACUUAAGCAAACUGUGCCUGACCGUCUACCAGCUCCAUGUGCUGCCUACCAACACCGUGAAGAACUUCAAGCCAGCUGGAAGCUCAGUGCUGCACAACCCAGGAGCAAUGUUCGAGCUCAACAACAACCGCUUCGAGGUGAGCCACGUCCACAAGGUGGAGUGUGUGGUGCCCUGGCUCAACGACACGCUGGUGUUCUUCACCAUCUCGCUGCAGCUCUGUCAGCAGCUCAAGGAUAAGAUAUCCGUGUUCUCCAGUUUCUGGAACUACAGACCUUUCUGAUCCACUUCCUAUCAUCCUCCAGAGUGCAGGGGACGUCCUGGGAAGAUCCUCAUUACUUUUACACAUGUAUUUCUCCUGCUGUCACUCAGUCUCAAGUGUUGCAUGGUAAUCUGAAGGAGCCAAUCAAACCCCCAUUGUGUGUGUGUGUGUGUGUGUGUGUGUGUGUGUGUGUGUGUGUGUGUGUGUGUGUGUGUGUGUGUGUGUGUGUGUGUUCGCGACUUGAACUCCUCCAUGAAUUAUUUUGUUUGAAGGCAUCGUGUGAUUAUUAGUUGCAUUGCUGACUGAUUUGAUCUGUGUUAUUGUGUGGAGCCCUUAGUGGUGCGUUCAGGGCCGGAGGACAAAGCAGCAGUGACCACAGUUCCCUCACAGCAGGGUCAAUGUUUCUUUUUGUAGUUCCUUAAAAAUGAUGGUACUCUCCUCUGAUAUGAAGUGAUGUGAGAAGACUUGUAAACACCAGAGGAAGGUUUGUGUCGUCUGGACGACGGAGGCUUAGUAUUCCACUCAGUUCAAGUACUGUGUCUUUAGAAAAGUGCGGCGUUUGAAAGAAGUGGGGCUUUAUUUGGAGGGAGAUGUUGAGUAUGGGGCGUAUGAGUGGUUUUGGACCUGCGUUAGGAACUAAAGCUCAGGAUUGGACACACCCAUUUAGCCGUCAUUUAUUAUGUGAACUACAUCCAGCAGUACUAGAGACGCUGUCCAGCACUGGAUCUAGCAAUGGUCCAUUAAGUAGCCUCUCCUCUCCGGCAGGAGAAUUCACAGUGAAACCCCGAUUCCAUCCUGAUUGGUUAAGAGGUGUGUCCGUGCUUCUUAAAGGGCCGGUGUGGAGGUGGAGGGGGGCUGUCCCCUCCCUCAUAAGCUUCUGGAAAGUUAGUUUCAGGUGAUCAUACACUGCUGUAGUCCUAGUCUGUAUAUUGUAUCUCUCCAAUCGAUCCUCUGAAGUCCUUCAUGCCGGCCCUUGAGGGGCCACUGGGUGUAUGCCAGCACUCUGAGCGUUGAUUUUAACCUGGAUGUUGAUUCCAGGUGGGACACUAGUACCUCUUAGAUGAGCUGAAGGGGCAUUAGUGUGCACGUUGGAGCUGUGUUGUUUUUGUUUAUUGAUAUAUUGGAUGUCAUUGACUUACAGUAAACAUUCCCUGUUUGUUACUGCCUGGAUGUGACUGAAUGAUAAGCUAUUUGUUACCACGUCUACUUAUUGCAUGUUUGUCUGCUCAAUCUCCCUAUUUAUUUGACACGUUUUGCACAUAUGUUGUUGAAACACUAAUCCAAUCCUGAACAAAUGACUUCAUUCCAGUAAGUGUUAAUCUAUUUUGAACAGCUGCCUCUUAUAUUUUUCCUCCAUAUAUAUACAUGUAUGGAUGUGCAAAUGAUUUAUCUGAUACCUGUGCAAUAAAAAUAAACAGUAAAUUGUCUCUGA